GACCGACUGACACACUGAAGACACCAUGAAGUCCGUGAUUAUCUGCGUGUGCGCCCUGUUGGCGGUCGUCGCCAGCAGAUAUAUAGACAAGCCAAUUGAUGAAGAUAGUGAGCGUGUAUUCAUCAGAGAUCUCGACCAAAGCGGGGAAGCUGAUCCUCCGAUCGUGACCUUGAAGAUUGACCACCCUGGAAAGGAGAGAAGCUUGACCCUACGUCGCAGAGACAAUUUCAACAAAAACGUCCCCGUGUUCAUAACUGGUGAAGAUGGAAAGCCAAGGAAGGAGCCGAGAUCCCGUUCACUGGGUACAGCGUACCACGACGCAGAAAACGGAGCGGCCUUUCUCAUCUCAAGUGAUCUCACUGAAAGUGGCGUUUACAGAAGGAGUGUGAGGGGUCUGCUUCAUGAUGGCGACUACACCAUCCACUUCGAGCCCAGCCAGGAGAUCACCACGGACAGGAAACGUAAUGUUGAUGGGGGUGUACCACACUUCAUGGUCAGAAAGAGGAAUGAAAAGAUUGACUUUGGAAAUGAUGCUCUCCCUAUCCAUGGCAACUGGACGACAAUGAGCAAGAGAGCUGAGCCACCGAUCAUCGUGUCGAAAAGAGAUGGCUGUAAGACAGCAUACGGCGUUGAAUUGAUGUUCUUCUGCGACUACAAGUGCUAUAAUAACCACAACCAGAAUAUAACCGAAAUUAGAGAGCACUUCAGCUACGUCAUAAAUGGAAUGGACCUCCGCUACGCAAACAUUGAAGAUUCUUCCUUCUCCAUCUACGUUCGACUGGUUGCUUUGCAAAUCAGUGCAUUUCCCGACAACUGGACGCACUCAUUCGACAGCGAUGGAGUUGUGGAUGCUAACUCAGUACUAAAAACUUUCAACGACUGGCACAACUCGGCAAUGUCCUCUCUUCCCGACCAUGACCAUGCCAUGCUCAUGACUGCGUACAAAAUGUACUACAGAAAUGUAGGUAUGGCGUUUACGGGAUGUAUCUGCACAUCAAGGGCUACAUCAGUCGCCAGGGAGAACUUGGAUCUUACGAGGGUCAUCGGAGUGGCUGCACAUGAACUCGGUCACAAUAUCGGUGCAGGACACGAUUCUGUUGGGAACACCUGUAGUGCGGGAGACCGUUACAUCAUGUCGCCUGAAAUCGGCAGGUUAAGCGCGGACGACACUCUUUACAAGAAUUCGUACCGUUUCUCCUCCUGCUCUAUCAAUUACUUCAAGAACGCCAUCAACAGCCUCGGGAGCUCUAAAACAAACUGUCUGCUGGACUCGGCUGCUCACGGCUCUGACGUCUUAGAGUUGGAGGCACCAGGCCAGAAGUUGGAUGUCGACGACCAGUGCGUGAUAGCAUUCGGAGCUGGAUACAAAUACCUCAGGGGGAUGAACGGAGAGAAAGAUUUCUGCAAGGAGCUGCUCUGUUUGAAGGUAGGACCGAGGGUGGGCUGGAAAAAUGCAGGCCAUGCCCUUCGUGGAACAAGCUGUGGUAACAAGAAGUGGUGUGUCCAAGGGGACUGUGUCCAUGACCCGGCAGCUCCAGCGAUGGACUCGGAUACUUGCAUGUAUGGGGACUCGCUGCUCAGGUGGAACAGUGAUAACGACCAAUGCGCACAGAUACCUUGGGCCUGCAAGACUUCUAGUGAAGUUAGGAAGCACUGCUGCAAGAUGUGCGCUAAAGUUCCGGUCUAAAUGACUGAUGCCGCAUUGAAGACGUCGGACACGCCCGUUGCUAUGCUCGUUGCUAUGCUCGUUGCUAUGAUUCCUCGAUGUUUAUAUGUAGACUUCGUUAUACAAAAUGGUGGCAUAAGCAAUAAAAUAUAAUUAUCAUGAA